AUGCGGAUGCCACAGUGUAUGUAUUGGGCGGACACUUGGAUCCCAGUGGAACGGGUCAACUGGGCGAGCAGUCCCGAGGAAAGGCGACGGGUGUCGGUCGAAAGCGUCUUGAAGUUGGCGCAGAACGUGCACGUCAAGGAAGUGGACUUGCUGCUUCACCCCCUGAUGUCGGAGCUGAACUUUCCUGUGGGCGCUCGCGAGCCCUUGGAUCUUUCUCCUGAGCGCUGGGAGCUGCCAAUGCAUCUUCUUCAGCCCUUCCUGUGCGUGGACACGGAUGUGGUAGCCAAAGCCCCGCUUGGCAGAAGUGCUGCGAGGAGAUCAAGAAGGGCCUCAAGCAGCUGGCACUGCGCGAGCACCCCCAUGUGGUCCUGGUGGGGGACCUGA